AUGUCCAUCCUGCCAUGCGAACUGGUCAAACUGACUUUGACAAGUGUAUGUCUUGUUGCAGCCCUAGGCAUUAUGUUUGAGGGCUAUGACCAAGGAGUGAUGUCCGGCGUCAAUAUCAGUCCCAGCUAUAUCGAUCUCGUCAAAAUCGGUGACGGUUCAACCGGCACAAUAACCCAGCCAACGAAACAAGGCGGUAUUGUUGCGAUAUACUACCUCGGCACCCUCGUUGGGGCUUUGAUGGGCGGUGCAAUGUCUGAUAGAUUCGGCCGGCGAAAGGCGAUAUUCUUUGGCGGAAUUUGGGGACUGUUUGGCCAAUCCAUGCAGGUCGCAGCUCAGAAUGCCAACUGGAUGCUGUGCGCCAGGUUACUAGCUGGUGUUGGUACUGGCUCCAUCAGCGCAGUGAUUCCUGUAUGGGGCUCAGAACUGGUCGCCCAUAAUGCCCGAGGUAUGGUGAUGGCGUUCGAAAUGUUUGUGAACUUCGCUGGCAUUUCGACUUCUUAUUGGUUGGAAUAUGGCUUAAGUUUUGUGAACCACGGGCAUACUCAGGUACGCUGGCGAUGUGAGUACUGUAAUCGUCUCAGAUUUUUGGCCGCCCUGAUGGCUAUCAUACCGUUCAUGCCAGAAAGUCCACGAUGGGACAUAGGUAAUGGAAGACAAGAACGUGGCAUGAAGACUCUUGCGGUUUUCCGGGCUCGCGGCGAGAUAAGCCAUCCUGCUGUCCAGUCGGAAUUCAAGGAAAUUGUUGCGGCCGUUGAACUCGAGGCCGAAUACCCUGCUCGGACCUAUUUCCACAUGGUUACUGGCAUCAACAGUGGCGACCUCCAUCUCGGACGUCGCACGUUUCUGGCCGCCUGGCUUCAGAUCAUGCAGGCCUGGACUGGCGUUACCAGUGUGGUAGUGUACGCUCCCACUCUGUUCAGGAUCGCCGGCUUCAGCGGGCACAAGGCCGAUCUCCUCACUGGCUGCGCAAACCUGGUCGCAAUGGUCUGCUGCGUUUUUGCCUACUUGACCAUCGACCGCUACGGCAGGCGCAAGGUUCUCAUUGCCGGAGGCUUCGGACAAAGUCUGUCCUUUUUCAUCCUUGGAGCCUUGUCUAAGGUAGGCGCGGACCAACAUAGCCAGUCGAUUGGAGCAGCUGCUGGCUCAUUCGUUUUCAUCUACAAUGCCAUAUUUGCCGCAACGUGGCUAAGUGUACCUUGGGUCUAUCCCUCCGAAAUCUUUCCUCUUGCGACUCGCUCCCGCGGCAAUGCCUUUGGUAUUGUUGGCUGGAGUUUGGGCUGUGGCUCCGUUUCGUUGGCCGCACCUCCCAUGUUCAAGGCACUUGGCCCACAAGGAUUUUACAUUCAUGCUGUAUUCAAUCUAGCUGCCGUUGCCAUGGUAUAUUGUUUUUAUCCGGAAACAAGUUGCCGGACUUUGGAAGAGAUCGACCUUCUCUUCGCGAGCAAGUCACCAUUUGUCUGGGAAACCGAGCGAAAGUUUAAAGAGCUCAAACUUCAGCAUUCAGCCCUUGUUCAUGGUAUGGCUGGGGAGAAAGUUGGAGGCGCCCAAGUGGAAGAAGAGGAAGCUGUUGCCCAACAGCAGAAAGGCUGA